UCAUACCACUAGAAAAAGGUCCUCUUGCAACCUCUACCCCCUUGAAAAGGCCCAGAAGAGAGGCUGAGGAUUCUGAUUGUAGUUUCCAACCAGGAAUGACUGACAGCAGCAUCUAUAAUGAGAGCACUGUAAUUGCAACACCACCCCAUAUAAUGAGGAAAUUCAUUGUUUAUGAGGAAAACCUCAUGGACCUGUUCAAGAAUUGCCCUGCCUGCUCGAGACACUCUGCAAUAAAGAGCAGAACAGUGGGUACAGUUCUACAUGUGGACCAGACCUGUGUUCAUUGUGAACAUCACAAACAGUGGGCCAGCCAACCAUAUGUCAAGAACAUACCAGCUGGAAAUCUGCAGCUUGCUGCUGCUGUGCUCUUUAGUGGCUCAUCCUUCUUGCAAGUCACCAAGUUUAUGCAGGCAUUCAACAUUCAGGGGAUUUGCCACACUACAUACCUGAAACACCAAAGGACAUUCCUAUUCCCAACAAUCAAUUGGCAGUGGAAACAGCAUCAAAAUACUGUGAUUGCAGAAGCACUCAAAGGAAGGAAUGUAGUUCUGGGUGGGGACAUGCAUGCUGACUCACCUGGACACAGUGCAAAGUAUGGAACAUACUCCCUGAUGGACCUCAGAGCAAACAAGAUCAUGGAAAUUCAGCUCAUUCAGAGCAAUGAAGUCGGCAACAGUCAGCGUAUGGAGAAGGAAGGUUUAGAAAGAAGCCUGAGAGAGCUAGAGCAGAGAGGAGUAACUGUGCGAAAGAUUGUCACUGACAGACAUCCUGGUGUGAUGAAGUUCCUCAGAGAGAGUAGACCAAGUAUUUUGCACAGAUAUGAUGCAUGGCCAGUGCCGGGUUAA